AUGGAGCUCCAACUGCCGGAGACAACGCUGCUGAGGGUCUUCUCCUUCCUGGAUGCAUUCAGCCUGCUGCAGGCCACCCAGGUGAACAAGCACUGGAACAAGGUUGCAGAGAGCCAUCACCUGUGGAGAAACCUGUGUCUGAGGACAUGGAGCCUCCCCUCCUCCUGCAGUUUGUGCCUGCGCCUGCCGACGUGGAAGCAGUUCUUCCUCCACCACACGAGGCGCCAGCGCCGGAUGGGGGCGGCAAAGCCGGAGGACUUUGUCUACAAGGAGGGAGCUGGCAACCUCGGAAUCUGGAAUCACAUGGCUUAUCUCUCAGAAAGCUACCAGCCGGUGGAAGGACAAGAGAGGUCACUCCUUUGCACGGUGUCUUCAAGGCGCGUGCUUUCUGCCUGGGAUGUGCAGGAGGGCACCGUCGUCUGGUCCAGCCCCGUCCAGCAAUCCAACAUCAAGUUCCUGGCGACGCUCCCGCAGCUGUGCCUCGCGUUCACCGUGGACACGGAGGAAACGGUCAAAGUGUGGGACUGUCAGCACGAGGACGCUCUGGCCGAGCUCACCAGGCCGCGUGUCAGUUUCUCCAUGGAGGCCCUGCUGGCCAAGGAGGACCCGUUCCUGAUGGUAGGCGAUUCUGAAGGCGACAUCUGCACACUGACAGUGCCCGGGUUAGAGGUGGUUUCCAUAGUUAAUGCGUUCAACCACAGUGUCGACCUUCUGCACUGCUCUCCAGACGCCAGAUGGGUCUUGGCUGGUGCGAUACAUCAGCGCGUCUUGCCCCAGGUGUUUCUGGCGGAGUGUUUACUGAGACCGGGUACACGCGCAGCCCUUCUGUCUGUGUCUCUGCCGGUCUUGGGGUGCUGCGCGGCCUGCUGGGCCCUGAGGAGGGCAAACAGGGUAGUACUCAUGUUCCAACGAGUCCCUUCCAAAAAGACAGGGUUUGCCACCUUCGAUGUAACAACCGAGAGGACUGGGGACACCACUGUCAUCCAAGCCCACCAGGUCGAGAGCUUCACCUUGCCAGUUCACAUGGAGAGUCCUGUCUGGAUGGGAGUCAGUGACGGGACUGUGAUUGUCUUGGACAGCGGGCCGCAGCUGCUGCUCCUCACCAUCUCCGGCCUCCCACUGCAACGCUUCCACGACCAUCAGCUGAGCAUCUGCCACCUGUGGGUGGGUCCUCUCUAUGUCCUCACCACGUCCAUGGAUAACCACCUGUGUCUGUACAUGUGGGAGGACAAAGGUCACCACCCGUACCUCAAGAGCUGUUGUGUCCUGGAACACCGGAGAGGUGACCAGACGCCAAGCUGCUAUGUCUCCAGAGCGAUAUGCGAUGAAGCGAGCAUAGUGUGUGUGGUGUCCAGGAACCUCGAGUCCAGCGUUCUGGUGAUGUACUCUCUGAACAUGUGCUACGGAACCUAAUGCCAUUAACCUCGCAUG